AUGACUUCAUUUCUGCAGUUGCAGUCGUUCAGCCCGCCGGCUUGGGCCAAGGGGCUGAUCGCGCCGGCGCAGCGCUACCGCCUGGGCAUCCUUCCGACGCCCAUCCACCGCUUCUCCCCGCCGGGCGUGCCGGCCGACGUUGAGUUGUGGAUCAAGAGGGACGACCUCUCAGGGAUGCAGAUGAGCGGCAACAAGGUGCGCAAGCUCGAAUUUCUGAUGGCGGAGGCCAAGCAGCAAGGCGCUGACUGUGUCGUGACUGUCGGCGGCAUCCAGAGCAACCACACAAGGGCCACCGCGGUAGCUGCCCGGUACCUGGGCCUGGACUGCCACCUCAUACUCAGGACCAGCCGCGCCCUGGUUGAUGGUGACCCUGGCCUGGUGGGCAACCUGCUGGUGGAGCGGCUGGCUGGCGCGGUGGUGCACAAGAUCACCAAGGAGGAGUAUGCGGCCAAGGGGGGUGACGCCCUGGGGCAGCAGCUUGCGGAGCAACUCAAGGCAGAAGGGCGCAAGCCCUAUUUCAUACCUGUGGGGGGCUCAAACAGCCUGGGCUGCUGGGGCUACCUGAUGGCGGUCGACGAGAUCCAGAAGCAGUCAGAGGAUCUGGGGUUCAAGUUUGAUGACAUCAUCAUGGCUUGUGGCAGCGGCGGGACCACGGCGGGGCUGGCGCUGGGCAACCACCUCUCGGGCUACGGCGCCCGGGUGCACGCCUACGGCGUCUGCGACGACCCCGAUUACUUUUACAAUUUCAUAGACGGCCUGUACCGCGGCCUCGGCUGGCCCGACGCCGCCGGGGCGCGCGGCACGCUGGCGGCCGUGCAGGCGCGGGGGCUGGGCUACGCCAUCAGCAGCGACGCUGAGCUGGCCACGGUGCAGGCGGUGGCGGGCGCGACCGGCGUCGUGCUAGACCCCGUGUACAGCGGCAAGGCCCUCCACCAGCUGCUGGCUGACAUAGCCGCGGCCCCCGGGGAGUGGCGCGGCCGCAGGGUGCUGUUCCUGCACACGGGCGGCCUGCUG